AAAAUUAGGUGAGACGGGAAAAGCGAAAGGGUAUGUAACGACUCGUCUCUUCGAAGGCGCGUCCGUCCCGUCCCCGAGAGAGAUGGGGCUCGUCGUGCUUCCGCACCGUCCGCUCAUUUUUUACUUCUUCCUCGUCGACGAUUUCCGCCACCGUCACCGCCUCUUCCUAUUCAAACGGGCGAGGUCUAGGUUUAGGGUUUCCCCCUCCUUCUCUGUGCUAUCCUAACCCUGCUCUCUAACAACCUAUGUGAUCCUUCGUCCUCGUCAUGCCCUGGUGGAAGAGCAACGUAAGCGCCAAUCAUAUCCUCUCUUCCUCCCCUUCCUCCGCCUCAUCGUCGUCUUCUUCCCCCGCCCCACCGAGCCAGCGACGGUCCAAGGACUCCCGCCUCUUUUCUUGGAUUCGCCGGGACAGCCAGCCUCGGCUCGCUAGCCAGCGCAAGCUCCGCCACCUUACCGACCUCGAAGUUGAGGCCUUGCCCCUCGAGGAUCGCUCGUCCGCAUUAUCGAGUUCCACACCGGUAUCGCGCGCCGCCAGCAACAAUAACGCCGUACCCUCCCGGUCCGCUUCCUCGUCCAUGCUAUUACCACACCCGCUCCCCCUUCCUUCGGUCUCGUUGCAUCGACAUUCGGCCACGGAGCAAGGGUUGGUGUUUUCUCCGCAGAAUUCUGUGGGACGCCCUCUGCCCUCGCCGCUGGUGACUUCUGACAGCGUGGAAGCGGAUCAGGGGAAUGUCACGGUGGCCGAGCCCUCUGCCGUUGAAUAUGUUGUAGGAAGGUUAGCUUACCAGACUAAUGUCCAGAGUGGACGACAUGUUGACAAACCAUCAGAUCAGACAACAAUUAGCUACCGGAGGAAAGCAUUCCAAGAUCCAAAUUCUUCUGGCACUAUGAACUUCAAACUGAAGAUACCUGCAAAGACUGUUGCAAUUGGUGAUUUUUCAAGUCCUAUUUCUAGUCCUAUAAAUAGCCCUAGGAGAUUGAGUACUGCAGACUAUUUGACUUCUGGCAAUGGAAGUACAUGCCUUCAAGUGUGUUCAGCACCUAAGAUCUCUACCAUGGGUUUGGUGACGAUUUUUCCAUCGCAGGCUUCGCCGGAUAAGAUGAUUUGUAGUCCUGAAAUGUCUCCACCAAUCACUCAAAGUAAUAUUUCAAAAUCUAGAAAUCCUAGUGGACCUCCUUCACCCUUGCACACAAAGAAAUUCACAGAGAGCUCAACUACACGACAUGAUAGUGGUGCUAAUGUACAAGUGCACCCACUUCCUCUCCCUCCUGGGGCAUCACCUCCUUCACAACCAACCUUUUCUCAUCAGCAUGCAGCAAAAGCGGAGGUGUUACACAAGACUAAUCAAUGGCAGAAAGGAAAACUACUUGGAAGUGGAACAUUUGGUAAUGUUUAUGAAGCCACCAACAGACUCACUGGUGCGUUAUGUGCCAUGAAAGAAGUUAAUAUAAUUCCUGACGAUCCCAAAUCAGCUGAAUGCUUGAAGCAGUUGGAACAGGAAAUAAAGUUCCUUAGUCAAUUUAAGCAUCCUAAUAUCGUUCAAUACUAUGGGACAGAAACAAUUGAGGAUCAGCUGUACAUUUAUUUAGAGUAUGUCCACCCUGGUUCAAUUAAUAAGUAUGUUCGUCAAUAUUGUGGAGCUAUGACUGAAUCAGUGGUGCGCAAUUUUACCCGUCAUAUUUUGAAUGGGUUAAUUUACUUGCAUAGUAAAAACAUCAUGCACAGAGAUAUCAAAGGGGCAAAUUUACUCGUUGAUGUGAAUGGUGUUGUUAAGCUUGCUGAUUUUGGGAUGGCAAAACACUUAAGUGGAGCAGCACCUGCUCUUUCAUUGAAGGGUUCACCAUUUUGGAUGGCUCCGGAGAUGUUGCAGGCUACUAUGAAUAAAGAAAUUGGAUAUGAUCUUGCUGUUGACAUUUGGAGUUUGGGUUGUACCAUCAUUGAGAUGUUCACAGGGAAGCAUCCAUGGAGUGAUCUAGAAGGGCCCCAAGCUAUGUUUAGAGUCCUCCAGAAAGACCCACCAAUACCGGAAACAUUGUCUAGUGAGGGCAAGAAUUUCCUCCAGCGUUGCUUUCAUAGGAAUCCUGCAGAGAGGCCAACUGCUAAUAUGUUGCUUGAGCAUCCCUUUCUACGAAAUGCCAACCACUACAAUCUUCAUGGAUCUCUCCAUGCUUUUGCUGGGAUUAAACUCAACUCUACAAGUCCAAAAGAUCAAGGCAAAUCCAAUAGCGAACCAUGCGUGAAAAGGAAACAAGUCUUCAAUGGUGAGAACAAUCAUUCUCAUCUUGAAUUUCCUGAAUCAACUGCCUCCCGUCUUUCAGCUCGUUCCACUGCUGAGGUUUUCCCUAGUUUAUCCAAGUCCCAGUCAACCUACGUUGUGCAGGUUGUGCAGGUUCGACCUGGCUCUUCAGCAAAUCAUCAGAUUGAAGUGCAGCACAGCGCUGGAAAUUUUCAAUACUGUGCAUUGCCCAAACCUCAUGGGAAGGAAGACAACAAUCACUUCUGAUAAGGAGCAGCUAUGCACCUGAGGGAAGAGAGGCUAAAUAUCAUUUGGAUAUUGAGAUUCUUUAGAAGGCUAAGGAACAAUAACCUCAGCAUUUGUUCAGCUUAUGGUUUCAGAUAAUGACCACAUGAUUAUUCUCCUUUUUUUUUUACUUGAUCUUCAACCACGAUGAACGCCGUUCGUGAAUUGUUGAUGGAUCAGCUCCGUGUUGUAGUGUUCCUCUUCAUGUUGUAGUUGUACAUCCAGUACAUGGAUGAUAUGCAUAUCUAAUGUGUUUUUUUUUUCUACAAUAGGAAAAAUGGUCAACUGUAGAUGAAAAUCUCACAUUUUUUUUUUUGUAUAUCAUCAGUAUCUAUAAUGACUUGUCAUCCAGUUAUAGUUGUGAAAUGAAAGUUGAUACUUAUGAAA